AUGUCCCUUCCGCCUCCUCCAGGUCUCAACAAGACUCCCUCGUCUCUUCCGCCCCGCCCACCUCCAUCCUCCAACGCCGCGCAGCCUCCCACCGCCAAUCCUGCAAGCCAUGGCGGUAGAUCUCGACCAACCGGCUACAGCGCUUUUACGGCGUUCCAGCCGCGCGCGGUAGCCUCCAGUCAACCGCAUCGCGCCAACAUCCACACGGUCUCGCGUCCACCAGUCCCUGCUGCUGGAUACGCAACCCCCACCAGCAGCUACGUUAACCACUAUCACCAACCCCAGGCAUACCAGAGUGGACCUUCCUACUAUGGACAACCUCAAUACGCCGAAAACACGUACGGCCCGACCGUCCCACACAUUGCGAACCCCUUCGGAUCUACCCCCAACCAGACCAGCACAGGGUUCCCACAGAGCGGUGGCGCUCCCGGCUUUGAUGCAGAGACUGAAGCUCAAAUUGCGCAGUGGCAGAGUGCAUAUAACAAACCCGCCGAAGAUUCCACUAAGAACCAAGGCAACCUGCCCGGUUCAGGGGUGAACACAGGAGCCGGAACCCCAACCUUCGGCCCGGGAACUCCUGUCCCGCAGCCCGAGUCACAAAAGACAGUCAUUCGCUCUGGUGGUGGUGAGACAUGGACCGACUCGACCUUAUUGGAAUGGGACCCCGCACAUUUCCGCCUUUUUAUCGGUAACCUCGCAGGUGAAGUGACGGAUGAAUCUCUGCUCAAGGCAUUUUCUCGCUACCCAUCGGUCCAGAAAGCGCGUGUCGUCCGAGAGAAGCGAACUCAGAAGAGUGCAGGUUAUGGAUUUGUCAGCUUCAGUGAUAGUGAUGACUAUUUCAAAGCGGGUCGAGAAAUGCAAGGAAAGUACAUCGGUUCGCACCCAAUCCUACUGCGCCGAGCCAUGACCGAAGUUCGCCCAGCUUCGAACCCCAAGCAUGGAAAACAUGGAAAGAAACAAGGCAAAGGCAAGGGUCCGAAGGGGGAUAACGCUGGUGGAGCAGGUGGAAAAGUUAAGCAAGAUGGUGUCAAAAAGCCAGCCAAAACCAAGGGAGGAUUGAAGAUUCUGGGUUGA